CGCACAAUCACGUGUUAGGAAUUUUGACAAAAUGUCCACCCGACCUGAGCUCAAAGCACCUCCAGAGAUUUACUACGACGAUGCCAUCGCCAAAAAAUACACGACGAACACUCGCAAUCAACAGAUCCAGGCGCAGAUGACAGAUAGGGCUCUGGAACUUUUAAAUCUUUCCCGCGGGAAGCCUGCAUUGCUUCUUGAUAUUGGAUGUGGCUCUGGACUCAGUGGGGAAAUACUAGAAGAGGAAGGCCACAUUUGGGUUGGCAUGGAUAUCUCCCCCAGCAUGCUUCAGGUUGCGCUGGAGCGUGAAGUCGAAGGCGAUCUGUUUCUCCAAGAUAUAGGUCAAGGUCUUGGCUUUCGCCCGGGAAGCUUCGAUGGAGCCAUCAGUAUCUCGGUGCUCCAAUGGCUAUGCAAUGCCGAAACAUCUUCUCCCACCAUGUCUCCUCCCUUCCGGCUUAGACGUUUCUUUACUUCUUUACAUGCGUCACUCUGUGGAGGCUCUCGCGCUGUUUUCCAAUUCUAUCCACAAUCUGACGACCAAGUUGAGCUUAUUAUGAGCAUCGCCAUGAAGUGCGGUUUCCGCGGCGGUCUUGUUGUCGAUUAUCCAAAUUCGAAAAAAGCCAAGAAGUUCUUCCUGUGUUUAUUCACGGGUGGCACAAAUUCAAAUGCCCAUGUGGAAUUACCCAAGGGGCUGACCGGCGAGGAAGGGCCGGGGUAUGAAGAUGCUACCCACAAAGAGGUUAUCUUUGAGAAGCAGCGUGCUAGGACGAAGGAGCGCGGGAAAAGGAAGGGACCCAAGGAGACAGCGAAGGAAUGGAUUCUUCGGAAAAAAGAGCUCUAUCGACGACGAGGGAAGGAGGGUGUACCAACAAACUCCAAAUUUACUGGACGGAAGCGAGGGCCCAAAUUCUAGAUUCCCGCCAUUACAUUUAGUUCAUUCGUUUUUGUACUCGUGCUUUAUGUUAAUCCGUACUUAAUGUUAACCAAAGUGUCUGGAAAUUGGUUCACCACAGUCUAAUCAAAUCCUGGAUGCCGGUAGGCCUUGUGGCACGAAGUGAUCCUACCUCAAGUCACCCAGACAAAUCACCUGCUACAACCGUAAUAUUACCGCCC